AAAAUCUCGGUCGAUUCGCUCCGUUGAACUUGAACCCAUCAAAAUUUUUUCUCUUUCUCGACUCGAUUAAAAAAUUAAUCUUCAAGAAUAAUUAGUAAUUGAUAACUUGUCUCGUUGUAAACUAGACUAAGGGUCUAGAGGACUACUGCUGAAAGUCAGUACAGUGCGGCAAAGUAAUAACAUAACACUUCUAGAAUAAAAUUAUUUCAUAAAUUAAAAUUUUGUUAAGUUCCGUUUAUUACAAUAUAAUUACAAUAUAGUCCAUCAUUAAAAUGCAAAUCUGUUUGUUCUGAAGUUGUGGUAGAUAUAUAUUAAUUGCAAGCGGUUUUAUAAAAAUGGCUCAGUCCAAGCCUCUGCCGAGACCUAAACCAUCAAUUGAUAUCGUGGGUGACCAUUACCGUCUCGUGAGGAAAAUCGGCUCUGGAUCAUUCGGGGAUAUUUACCUAGGGUUGGAUAUCAAAACCGGAGAGGAAGUGGCAGUUAAAAUCGAACGACGUAUGACUAGUCACCCUCAGCUGCUCUAUGAAAGCAAAUUGUACAAACUAUUGCAAGGGGGUGUGGGAAUUCCAAACACUCGUUGGUAUGGACGGAAUCCUGACUAUAAUAUUUUGGUUAUGGAGCUACUUGGUCCUUCAUUGGAGGAUUUAUUCAACUAUUGCUCUCGUAAAUUCUCGCUCAAAACGGUUCUGAUGUUAGUUGAUCAAAUGCUUGCACGGGUAGAAUUUCUGCAUAUGAAAAACUUUAUCCAUCGAGAUAUAAAGCCGGAUAACUUUCUCAUGGGCGUUGGAAGAUACGCGAACAAACUAUACUUGAUUGAUUUUGGACUCGCCAAGAAAUAUCGCUUAUCUACGGGUCGUCACAUUCCGCAUCGAAGUGACAAAAGUUUAACGGGUACUGCUCGCUACGCAUCCAUUAAUGCUCAUGAGGGACACGAGCAGAGUCGCCGGGACGAUUUGGAAGCAAUUGGUUACGUGAUGAUAUACUUUUUGAUGGGUCGCUUGCCAUGGCAAGGUCUAAAAGCAUCUAACCAGAAGCAGAAAUACGAGAAAAUCACUGAAGCGAAGAUGCAAAUUUCAACAAAAGACCUUUGUAAGAAACUUCCCCAAGAAUUUGAAAUGUACAUGAAUUAUUGUCGUACUCUUCGCUUUGAAGAAGUCCCAGAUUAUAUAUACCUUCGACAAAGUUUCCGAAUUUUGUGCCGAGUCAAGGAAUAUGAAUAUGAUAACCAUUUCGACUGGACAUCGCUAAAACAAAAGACAUUGGCUCAACUAUCUGCAAACUCAAAAUCUCUGCCACCGCAAAUACCGGGAUCUUCUACUACAAAAUAUGCUGCUAAUUGAGCGAACAAGUAAAGAAUCUCUUUAUUGAUCUGAAUGAAACGAGAAACUUAUUAAAUAUGGUCACAACAUGUGUACGUUGUAUAUUUAACUGACAGUGUAACAGUAUUUUGUUUACAAAGGAGAUUAUCAUUUCUAUACUUUAAAUGAACUAAAUUCGUGUGGUUUUAAGUACUUGAACACAGUUUCUUUGAUACUGUUUUUAAAAUAAAUUGUCAAUACCGUUUA